AUGUCUCUGAAGGUCCAGACCAGUAACGUGACCAACAAGAACGACCCGAAGUCCAUCAACUCGCGGGUCUUCAUCGGGAACCUCAACACGGCGGUGGUGAAGAAGUCGGACGUGGAGACCAUCUUCUCCAAGUACGGCCGCGUGCUGGGCUGCUCCGUGCACAAGGGCUACGCCUUCAUCCAGUACGCCGGAGAGCGGCAGGCCCGCGGCGCCGUGGUCGGGGAGAACGGCCGGGUGCUGGCGGGCCAGACGCUCGGUGAGUCUGAGGUUCAUCUCUUACCUUCAUUCUCUCUCUCUCUCUCUCAAGCAGCAGUGAGGGGUGCAGAGCUUCAGGCGAUCAAGUCAGAGUUGACUCAGAUUAAAACCAACAUCGAGGCUUUGCUGGGCAGACUGGAGCAGAUCACAGAAGACGCACACAUCACCGCCACAGAACUGAGGAAGGCAGACGAGUGUAAACAUGAGGAGGCGUGGCAGGAAGGGGAGGAGUCGAGCUCAGAGCUGGAUGACGAGGAGGAGGAGCAAAGACAGAACAGCGAAGCUGAUGAGGAGGAGGAGGAGGAAGAAGAUGAGGAAGAGGAGGAGGGAGAGCACACACAAGAUGACGCCCAAGACCACAUGGAAAACAGUCGCCUAUCAUCAGAGAUGGAAUCCCUUCACCCGUGA